AUGUACCAGUGUUUGACGGGUGAAGGGCUGCAGAAUUUGAUGAUGCCAGAUUUGAAUGAUCUCGGGUUGUUGCUCGAUCAGAACUUGAAGGAGAUUAACAAGAGAAUUGAUGAGCUCCAAAAAACUACUGCUCCACCUCCUCCUCCACAGCAGGUUGCACCGCCGCUGCCACACGUACCAAUAGGUAAUUUGUAUAUGCAGGAGCAGAAAUCGACGGUGGAUUUAACAAUGGAUGCCAUGCAAAGGCCACAAUGGUUCACAGAUUGGACGAACAAUCCCAGUGACCAUCAGCAAAUGAAUUCUUUUGGGCAUGGAGAUGAAAUUAUACUGCCAUUUUGUGAGAAUAAUCACAAUACAAUGUGGUCUAAUGCCUUCUUCCCUUGA